UUGCUUUAUUAAUUGGAUUGACCUCCUAAACCUUCUUCAAAAUCCUAUUUCUACGAGGUUACCCACUGAAUCAAGCUUUCCGAAAACCCUACAUACACACACCUGGAUGAUCCAGAUUUUAAUUUAAUCCGGACAGGUUUGUAUUUUUUGGAAAGAUCAAAUGGAUAUGGAUUUCAUUGCAAGUGGGAUUUCGGACGAGGAUGAUAUUCCAUUUAUUGAUCAGAACAAUGAUCUUUCUAAUUUCGAGGGCGGAAGAUGCGGGAUAUGCAUGGAUAUCAUUAUUGACAGGGGAGUCCUUGAUUGCUGUCAACACUGGUUCUGUUUCGCAUGUAUUGACAACUGGGCAACAAUCACAAACCUUUGCCCUCUUUGCCAAAGUGAAUUUCAGUUGAUCACCUGCGUUCCGGUAUAUGAUACCAUUGGAAGCAAUAAAGUCGAGGGUGAUUCAUUUUCCAGAGAUGAUGAUUGGUCCAUUGAAGGGAAGAGCAACACUCUUUCAUUCCCGUCAUACUACAUUGAUGAAAAUUCAGUUAUCUGCUUGGAUGGAGAUGGCUGCAAAGUUCGAAGUCUAUCCACCACCAUUGAGGGAGAUCCCGAUCUCGAUACAUCAAUUGCUUGCGACUCUUGUGAUAUAUGGUACCAUGCUUUUUGUGUGGGUUUUGAUACUGAAGGCACAUCAGAAGACACUUGGUUGUGCCCAAGAUGUGCACUAAAUCAAGCUUCACAAAACUCUGUUCUGAUUCCUGAGAAAGCAAGCACCCAGCAUGAUCCAGAUAUUACUAAUGGUGAAUAUGUGAUGGAUACCACUUUCUCCGGGAAGUUGUCUGUUUCUGUUGCAGACACUGGUGAUACAGCUGUUGUUGUCUCAAUGGUUGAAGGGAAUCAGUGGAUUGAAGAGCCAAGUGAAAACCUUUUGUCAAGCGUUGAAGUCGGCAAUCACCAGAAAAUUGAGCUAUCUAGCUCUGGAGGAAAUUGCUGUGAUAUGGAAAAGGCAUCUGUUCAACCAAUCUUGGAGGGGCAGGAGCUGGAGCUUUCUUUAUCACGCAAUUCCUUGUCCACUUCACUUUCAAAGUCUUCAGUGCUCGGUGAGUUCAAGACAAGUAAAGCUUCAGAUACAAUAAAAGAAGCAAGCAGGUUAGAUGGUGUUGGAAAUACCUCAGGAAAGUCACUGAACAAAUCCUACAUGAGGAACCAAUUAUCUGAAACCAAAUCCAGCGUCGGCCUUAAUCUUGGUUUAUCAAUAGGUUCGUUGCAGUCUUUUGAUGAUGAUGCGAAAAGCAGUGGAAGCAAAGACCAGGUGAAUUUAGAGCUUGGGCAUCAGAGUCACGUGGAAGAACUGUUGCCAAUAGUUGAUGCUAAUAUCAAAAGCAGUGGAAGCAAAGACCAGGUGAAUUUAGAGUUCGAGCAUCAGAGUCACAUGGAAGAACUGUUGCCAAUAGAUGAGAAAACUGAGCUUGUUGACAAGGAAAAUGCUGGCACUGUUACUGGUUUAAAGAGGAAGAAUCCAUAUUUCAGGAGUGAUAUUAUAAGUUCUGACGGUGAGGAAACCAAAUGCAAGAAUGAGAGUGAUACUUUGGAGAAGAAAAUUAGGGUUGAGAAAUUGGUUCAUAUGGCCCCUGAGAGCAAAGUUGAUACAUCUGUAUCCGACGAUACACCUAAAUGCCCCACCCUGAAAGCAGUUUCCAGAGAAUGCAAAAUCAAAAAUCAUCCUGAAAAGAAGGAUUCCAUUCCUGAUGUAAUGAGUAUUGUUCAGGGGACAAGCCGGAGAACUACCAAGGGGCUUGGACGUCUAAAUUCUACUGACAAAUCCCUGAAAGGAGAACAUUUGGCUGGCUUGAGGGUAAAAAAAAUCAUGAGAGCGUCUGAUGAUAAGGAGGCAUCUGCUGUUGUGAAAAAAUUAAGAAAAGAAAUUAGAGAGGCUGUCCAUAACAAAUCCACUAAAGAAAUUGGAGAAAACCUUUUUGACCCACAACUUCUUGCUGCUUUCCGGGCUGCUAUAGCAGUACCAAAAACUGAAACUGUAAAAAAGUUGUCACCUUCAGCUAUUAAGAUGAAGAAAUCCUUGUUGCAGAAGGGUAAAGUACGUGAGAAUUUAACAAAGAAAAUCUAUGCGGAUUCUAAUGGAAGGCGGAAACGAGCAUGGGAUCGAGACUGUGAAGUUGAAUUUUGGAAGUAUCGCUGCAUGGGAGCAUCAAAGCCUGAAAAGAUUGAGACUUUGAAGUCGGUUCUUGACCUCCUAAAAAAGAAUAAAGAAGGCUCAGAGAGUUGGCCAACAUCUGAAGGCCAGGCAUCCAACUCAAUUCUUUCCAGAUUGUAUUUAGCAGAUACAUCUGUUUUCCCACGAAAGGAUGACAUAAGGCCCUUAUCUGCACUUAAAGCCACUGGUAGUUCUGAACAGAGCAGAGAACAAGGCGUUGAAGGAAAACCUCAUAUACCAUCUCUUGACCAUACUGUAAAAAGCACAGAAGCAAACAAGGUUUCAUCAAAGGUUGGUGUUCUGUCAACCGAUCUUAAACGAGCUAAGACAGGUGUUUCGAACUCAAAAGGUACUGCUGCUACUAGUAAAGUUGAUUCCAGUAAUGGUUCAGAAGGGUCUUCAACAAGGAAUUCUAAAGUUGAAUUGCACAAGGAAGUGUCUGCGAAGUCUGAUGACGUAAAGGUCGAUAAAAGAAAAUUGGCCCUGGCAGUGCUUGCAAGGAAAAAGGCUGCAGAGAGCAAAAGUGGAACACAGGAAGGACAGGAGGAUAAUGCAGCACUUAAAGGAAAUUAUCCCUUACUAGUUCAGCUACCAGCAGACAUGAGGCCAUCACCGGCACCCAGUCGACAUAAUAAAAUCCCAAUAUCUGUUAGGCAGGCACAGCUUUACCGCCUUACUGAGCACUUCCUAAAAAAAGCAAAUCUGCCGAUCAUUCGUAGAACUGCAGAAACAGAGUUGGCUGUUGCUGAUGCAAUUAAUAUUGAAAGAGAGGUUGCUGAUAGGUCAAACAGAAAAGUAGUAUAUCUGAACUUGUGCUCCCAGGAGAUAUUGCAUCGUUCAGAUUACAAUAGGAGUGUUAGAGCUAAAGAAUCAAAUACUUCAUCUCCUUCAGAAAUAAGGCAAGACCAAGGUUCUGAUGCAUGUUUGACAGACCCUGUGGUUGUGGAAGCACUUAGAAAUGCAGGCCUUUUGUCCGAUUCCCCUCCAACUAGUCCACUUCCUAAAACUGAGGUCCCCAAGGAGAUAGAUGAUCCUUCAGCGAAAACCUUGGAAGAGGAGCCCGAUAAUAUAUUUGAGAUGGAUUCUCAUUUGGAGGAAGAUAUUUAUGGUGAUUUUGAGUAUGAUCUAGAGGAUGAAGAUUAUAUUGGUGUUACUGCUGAAAAGGCUCUUAAGGUGCAAUCCGAAGAAGGUGCGUCAAAAAUGAAAGUAGUUUUCUCAACUCUUAGCAAUGAGAGAUCAAAAACAAAUAACCUUGAAGAUGCAGAGGACCAUGAGAAGUUGGGGAAUAUUGUAGUACCUGAUGAUUCCACCUGUUUGCCAAAGAAUAACAAUGAUGAUGGUACUGAUAAGCCUUCCACUGUUCUUGAAUCCUUACCUGAUGAGGCAGGUGAAGAGCUUUCCAUUGCAGAAUGUGAAGAAUUAUACGGUCCAGAUAAAGAGAUGCUAGUAAACAAAUUUCCGGAAGCAACCCAAAGGAUACGUGGGUUGGUUGAUGCAGAACUUCCUGCUGAGACCACAGCUAAUAAAGAUAAUGGAAAACAUGGAUUGCAACAUAUUGUAGAUGCAUCUGAACCAGGAGAUGAAAGCAAGGAAGAAGAUAAAGUUAUCAACCCUCGUGGUCGUGGGUCAUCUGGUAGAGAAAGUUCUGCUGAACAAAUUCAAACCGGUGACGAUGUUAAAAAGAAUGAUAAGAAAUCCAAUAUGGAGAUGGACAAGCAGUCUGAAUGUGCUAGUUCUGUAUCAAAGAAGGUGGAGGCAUACAUCAAAGAACAUAUCCGACCACUCUGUAAGAGCGGUGUGAUAACGGCUGAACAGUACAGGUGGGCUGUGGCAAAAACCACCGAUAAGGUUAUGAAAUACCACUUAAAUGCCAAGAAUGCCAAUUUCUUAGUUAAGGAAGGUGACAAGGUAAAGAAACUUGCUGAGCAAUAUGUUGAGGCAGCGCAAAUAAAGGAAAAAACCGAUCCUUCGUGACGACUUCCAUUUCCACACUUUCAUCACCUCUAGAACAUUUCUCUUAGAGCCGACACACCCGUUCCCUCCUCCUCUGGUGUGGACGGUUUCGUCUGCCUUGAGGGAGACAGUCCUACAGAAAAAGUUGCAUAUGCAUUGUUAAAUCGAGUAUUCGACGUAAAGAAACUUGAUUACUAGACCUGCCUUGAAUGUCUAUUUUGCGCUCAGAACUAUGGCACUUGAGAUUUAUGCCGAGGAAGUUAUGUUAGGCCAAGGCAAGUUGUCGAGAAAUUGUAAAUUUGUUGCCGAGAUCUUCAUCGUGUGCUAGAUGUACGUUAUCAUAGCAUGGACGAGGUUUCUCAUUUUUCUUUUUUUAAAAAUAAGAA